AUGUCAACAACCACCGGCACCACCGCCGGGGCCGCCGACGACGACGCUAUCAAGACAGCAAUGGGCAGCCUCCUCGACAAGGCCCAAGCCAAAAUAUCGUUCCCCAUCGGCAACCACGACGACGACGACAGCGACGAGGAAGCCGGCGGCGACGGAGACGAUCACAAGGUAAAGACGUCCGCCUCCAGAAGACUAACAUACAAUGUCUCCGGCCAUCUCAUCGCCCAGCUAUCCACCGACUGGGAGAUUGUCCCAGGCUUUACGCUUAACUCUGUUGAGCUCUCUGUCGACGCCUACUAUGGCAGUGAGAGCAUUAACCGCUCUCUCUCCGCGUCGCUCACCGCAAACGCAACGGUCGCGGGCUGCCUUCUCAGCGUAAAGGGCGAGCUCCCGGACCUGCGCAAGGACGCGCCGACAGAGUUCACAUUGUCGGUCGCGGUGCUGGCCGCUGAAGACCUGGCAACGCCGGAAGAUGUGGCCGAGGCGCUGGCGGGCGACGACACUGACUUGGGGCUUGGACCCGUGAUUGGCGGGCUGGAUAAGGAUGUGGCGGGGGCCCUCCGGAACCCGUCGGCGACGCAGGGCGCGCUGUUUGCAAAGGUGACGGUGCUGCGCACGACGGACGGGACCUAUUUCGUGAAGGAGGUGCGGGUGUCGGUUGCGGCGAGGUUCGAAUGGGCGCCUAUCGAGCGCCUGAAGGUCACCAAUGCCAGUGUGGAUCUGCGGGCGUGGCGGACCACCGCGCAAAGUGAUUGGGAGUAUGCGGCGAAGGUGUCGGGCAAGAUGGAGAUUGGCCAGGCGGUGGCCACGGUGGUUGGGAAGCUCAACAUCAAUGUGGGCGGUGCUGGAGCGGCGGCGGAGAAUAGCGCAGAGGUGACGGUGCGCGUCGAGGCGCGGCGCGGCGUGAGUGCGAAGAAGCUGAUUAGUGAGCUUGUGGGCGAGGAGGCGGCCGGGAAGGUUACGGGAGUGCCGCCGGACCUCCCGGAUGUCGAGGACUGUCUGGAGGGGACGUCGGCAGCAGCGGAAGCGGUCGUGAGGAUUGAGAAGGGCGCGGCAGCCACUGGAAGCGGGUGGGGAAUCAAGAACGUGGCGGUGAAGGUAGAGCUGUCGGGCUUCGUGUGGGAGGUUGUGGACGGGUUCGCGGUUCAGGAUAUCGCCUUUGCCCUGCUGGUGACAAGAGGGCCAGCCACAGAGAGCGGGGAGAGCAGCGAGAGUGGAGAGAGCAGAGCACUCACAGCGAGGAGGGAGGAAUCAGGGUCGGGAACAGAGAAUAAAUGGGUGUUCAAGGGCUGGGUGGGCGCGACUAUGUCAAUGCGGGAAGGCCAGUUCAUCAUCCCCGUGUCGAUAAGCUACGAUUCAAACACAGACCUUGUGACGAUCAAGGGAACUCUACCUGACGAUGGCUACGGCCAGCUGACUGCUCUCGCCGCUGACCCCUCUCUCCUGACUCUGCCCGAGAAUGAGGGCGGGGUCGAGGAGGAGGAGGAGGAUAUGCCAGACCUACUCGCAGAUUCAGCCGACAAGCACCCCGUCACUACAGAGUGCCCACUCCACCUCUCCGACGUCGCCUCUCCCACCGAAGGCAAGGACCGCGGCCUCCUGCUCCAGUUCACGUCGACCACGCUCACUCGUGCACGAUUCGAAGCCAACCACAACGUGGACUGGCAGGUCACCGAGAAUCUGAAAAUUACACACUGCGGCAUCAUGUUCGACGUCAAGGAGCCCCGGGACAAGGCCAAGCGCAACAUCUCCGGAUACGUUUAUGGCUCGGCUACCAUCGGUCAAGACAUCAAGCUGUUCGCCUUUGCCGCUGGGAUGAAGGACAAGACCGAUACCGCCUUCUGGCUCGGCUUCUCAGUCGACUACGAGCCCGAGGGCUCCCUCGGCGUCAAACCAACAGACCUCAUCAGCGAUCAGAAGUUCUGCGGCGAAGGUACAACGGAGCCGGACAGCGCCGGGUGGGACGUCGGAAGCUUCCCAGGAAAGCCGGAUGAGGUGGUAAAGAACGCCAAGGCAAGAGUGCUCGUCAAGUUCGCCAAGGACACGGAGGGCGACGAGGCGCAGCGCAAGACACGCCUUAGGCAGGUCAAGGUGAAUGUCGCCGUCGGGGGCACAUGGCAGAUCUGGGAGGGGCUGGAGCUCACGGACGCGCAUCUGAACGUGCUCGUGGAGCGACGCAAGGGUAUUGAGGGGGGGUAUGACUGGGCUGCUGAGCUAUUUGGCGCAGUCAGGGCGAAUGGGACCUAUCGUGUUCAGUUUCUGGCCCUGGCAAAGCAUGACGUGAAGGAAACAUCGAUGGCGGUUGCGGUGACACUGGUCAAAGAGACUGCUGCUGGGGAGGAUAAGCCGGUGGUGCCGUCGCCAAAGGCGCUGACGGAGACGGGGGUGUUGGGGAAGGUCACCCCGGAGAAGAACGAGACAGACGGGACGAUUCCAGACAACUACCCCAUCCAACCCAACUCACUCACCAACACAACAAGCACCGAUCUUGCCGUCACAGCCCGCGUAAAAAAGGUCGCUGGCGGCAAGUUCUCUCUCGAAUCACUGACAUUCUCGCUCUCCACCUCAAACGCAUGGACCAUCACCAGCACCCCCCGUAUUGUCCUAGAGCGCGCAGCCCUCGAUCUAAUAGUCACAAAGACCGGCGAUGAAAAGCGGGCCGUCACGUUUGUUGCGCUGGGUUACCUCAAAAUCGGUAGUUCCCUCGCUGUCCUCACGACACUUCAGUUCUCGUCCAACGCCAAGAAGCUGUCGUUCACGGUCACCACCGGCACCCCCGCCGAUCUCAUGUCGACACUCGUCACGCGGGGUUCGUCGGCGGAGAUUGUCCCCAACGGUUUCCCGCCUGUUCUGAACACACACGGAGACCACUUUAAGCUGGCUGUCGAUGCUGACAAGGGGGAAACCUCGUGGGGCCUCGGCCGCGUGGAGCUCGAUGUCAACGUGAGGCCGGCUUGGGAACUAGGCGAACAUGCGAAAAUCACUGGAAUCACGCUGAAGGCAAAGUUCACAAAGGCCACAGGCGGCUGGGACAAGGAAGUCUCCAUCGUUGGAGAGGUCAUGAUCAACGGCACGCCUGUCAAGGUGACCGCCACGCUCAACGGGGAAAAGGUGACACUCGAGGUGCGGGGUGUCACGGCCGUUGACGCGGCGGCACUCGCGGGCCCGGAGACCGCGGAGUUGGUUAGAACCGCGCCGGCGAUCCCCAGCGAUACCGGCGUCGAGGAUUACAAAGACAGGGGGACGAGGGCGGUGCUGACAUUCCUCAAGAACGGCGGGGGAUACAGGGUUGAUAGUGUGGCGCUCCAGGUGGGCACCACGGAGGGCUUCCAGUGGGUGAUUAUCAAGCCGACGCUCGUGCUGCAGAAGGUUUAUGCGUCGGUCAGCGUGGAGAAUAUCGGCAGGGGGGCCAAGCUGCAGCUUUGUGUGCAUGGAGACCUGUAUGUGAAGAAGAGCGCCAGCAGGGAUGGAGUGGUGUCGGUGGAUCUGACGGCCAAGAAGGAGAGCAUGCACCUGGGACUGGAUAUGAGCGAUGGGUCGAAGCAGACGAAGGAGAGGGAGCAGGUCACGACGCUGGGGGGUUGCAACAUUACGGAGCUGCUGUACAUGAUUACCGCUGGGGGCGCGGCUCUCGAUAUCGACCUUGGCCCGCGCAUAGUCAAGGUAGAUCUCGAUCUCGUGUGGAAGAACAAGACGGGGACCUUCAAGGGCUCGUGUGCGGACUGGAACCUGUCGGAUGUGUACCCAGACCUCGUGGGUAUGAAGGAGCCCUCCCUGACGCUGAGCUAUGUGCGGCGAGGUCGGCUGUCGGGAAGUCUGGAUGGGUACCUGGGCCUCCUGGGUGGGCGCGUGAGUAUGAGCUAUGGCAUCCCGAAGGGGCCGCUGUUGAUUGCGGGCAUCAACGUCAAGAAAGCAGUUGAGCUAGCGAAGAAGCUAUUCAAGUUAUUCAGGAAGGUUAAGAAUGUCGUGAUGACCAUAUUCAAGAUUGUGAGGACGGUGGGAACGGUAAUUGCAGUGGCGAAGAUGGUGGGCCCGGCGCUUAUUGCGCUCGGCGCCGCUACGGGUAUCGUCUGGGCAGCCUUCGCCAUCGUCUUUGGCAGCGGGGGGGCGGCGGCGGGGGCGGCGGCGGCGGCGGAGGAAGGGGCGAAAUGGGUUGUUGGUGGGCCUGGCCGAACUGUAGGCAUCAAAUCCGAGACAGUUGAGCUGUACAUCUACCCCGUCGAUUACAAGAAGAAAGACGGGCCGGGGGAGCUCCAGGUCCAGAUCAUACCGAAUACAAUCCUGGGGGAUGAGGAAGCCAUCAAAGCAGUUCCGGUCAUCAAUAGCUUCACGGCUAUCGAGAAUGGCUGGUCCUGCACCUAUACCCGCCCGGCUACCCUGGGGGAUUACCAGAUCCGCGUCGGCACGCCCGGGGACCUACACGACUUUGACUGCGCCGUCACCGAGACUCCAAGCCUGCUAGGGCCACAGUCGAGGCUGGAAGCACACGGGCCAGUCAUUUCCCGCCGCGGCUAUGCGUAUAUCUUCCCGAAGGACACUGCGUCACGGGCACGCUUUGGCCACAAGGAGGACAGUGCCGCGUUCGCCAUCUCGAUGGGAUAUGAAAAACCUGAGCUGCAGGAGCUGCAUCCUGAAGGUGUGGCGGUGGCGGUCAACUGGCUGAACGACUCGAUCAAGCUGAGCUUUGAGCCGCCUACUGCGGGCACGUACCAGCUCAGUGUGAAGCUCGACGGCGUGGAGAUCGAGGGAUCGCCAGCCACCGUCGAGGUACACUCUGCCGGCGAUCCGACGUAUUCCAUCGCCUACGGGGAGGGCCUUUGCUCCGGUGUGGCGGAUCAGGAAACGGGCUUCUCGGUCGUUGUGCACGACCAGUUCAAUGCCAUCUUGACGGCAGUGGAAGAGGACACCUGUGUGGCCUUCCUGGAGGGUGCUGGGGAGGAUGGGCAGGACCUGAAGUUGCCCGCCGCUGUCGACGCCGCUAGCGGUCAUGUAACGUUCAAAUACACCCGCCCGAAAGAGGACUAUGACCUGCGCAUCCUGGUUAACGAACGCCCGCUGGACAUGUCUCCCAUCACUCUCAAGGUCACCGCCGAGGCCGCCGUUUCAACCACCAAUAAAAGUGGCUUCACGCUCCCGCUGCCACCAUACCAUGCGGAAACGAUAUAUAUCGCCACCAUCGAGGCGCACGACCAGUUUGGCGAGCGCUUCCGCGCGAGCACCGGUAAUGCCACAAACCUUGCGGUGACGAUUAAGAAGUGGGACUCGUCCGAGGCGGCCACAACCAUGCAGUUGGUAGACCACCUCGACGGGAGUUACGAUGUGUCACUGAGGUUUGAGGAGGCUGGAAGAUGGAAGGUUUGCUGUGAUGUACCCACCACCGUCCAUGAGGAGGGCAUGGCCAUUAUCACGACCCACGAGUUUAUGGUUUUCCCACCUGUAGCGCUCACAAAUGCCCGCUGCUACGGAACUGGUCUGUCAUCAGGGCUCACGGGGGCAGCAUCCUUCAAUGUACGCGGGCUCGACCAGGCUGGUAAGAACUUUCCAAUCGUUGAGAACGACGAGGCGGACUUUCAGGUUCUGCUACAGCACGGCGUGCCGGCGGAGCUGACGGUGAGAGAUGGGGUCCUCCAUAUCGACUACAUACGCCCAGAGACGGACAACAUCAUUGCGGUGCUCUACAAGGGCCAGCACGUAUCUGGCAGUCCCUUCCUCGUCCCCACGGCCGCCACUGCAGUGCCAAGCAUCGAUCCCCAGCGCUGUGUCCUCACCUCCAACCUUGAUAAGGUCGGCGAGCUGUUCACGGCGCUCCUGGUCGCCAUCGACACUGACGGCCGCCGCAUGUUUACCGGCGGGCAUAAGGUGCUUGCCACGAGUAAGACGGACACGGUGGUGGACAUUGUCGACCGUGGCGACGGGACAUAUGCGAUCGAGCACUAUCCGGACCCGGCUAAUGACGGGGAGACGGCCCUACAUGUUACGGUCGAGGAGUUUCAGUUGACAGAGUUUAUUCCUGCGAGGGUGCCAGCGACGCCGAAGGUGGAGGAUGGGGCGGCAAAACAGGGAGAGGUGGCGGAGUUGCGGAUCCAUGGGAUGGGUGUGGGUGAGGGGGCGCUUAUGGGGAAGAUGGUAAUCAUGACGGAAACAGUGAUAGUUGAGGUUAUGGAUGUGGAGGUGAGCGGGACAGAUAACCUAGGGUUGAGGAGUGCGCAUUUUACUGUUCCGACUAGUGUGGAAGUCGGAACGUACACGUGCAAGCUAUUUAUUCUGGCCAUACCCGUACCGGGGAUGCCUUUCUUCUCUAUUGCGGUCGAGGAGCCUACGCCACCAACAACAUUCACGGUGGAAGGCCUGCCGCUAUAUAUAGGUAACUAUGGUGAUGAAGGUACCUUUACGGUGGUAGUCAACGUCCGCGAGAACGAAGAGGUCGACGUACAGAAGCUCAGUAUCGAAACGGCCAACACAAAGCCCGAGAUGCUAAACGACCUUGCUCCAAGAUUUGAGACUGAGAUUGAUUCCAAUGAUGACAAGAAGGUUAAUGUCAAGGUUGUAGUUGUGAUUGGAGGGGCGAUUACUCUCGGUCUGACAUAUGACGAGACUACUAUCGAGCCUCCCCAAGAUGGAUGGAUGGUCUACUCCAGUGACGCAUCCAAAACCAUCACGCACCACUUGCCCCCGUCGGUCCCCGUUCCUGCCUCUAUAGCAUGGGCGGUCUCGAGCCAGGAGGGGAUCAAAGCAAACCUCACCGCUGACCUGCUCACUUUUACAAAGUCCUCAUCGCAAUAUGUUUGGAACCAGUGGGCAGAGGCAGUGCUCAAGCUCCCCGGAGUAGUUACUUCGCCCGGUUUCGCCAUCGUCUACGACCUCCGCUGGACCACGCUCACGGGGACCUCGGAAGUCAAGUUACACUCCCCCGUGCCGCUCGCCGACGAUACAUCGCUCCUCCUACGCUAUGCUGAUGGCAGGGUCUCGUGGGUGACCUUUGAGCGGAACGGGGGGUUCCAGCACCAAGGCAACUCCUCGGUCACAGCAGACGGCAGGUGGCACAGGAUCAUGUUCUACUAUGAACAGGAGGGGCAGGCUGGGGAGGUGGCGAUGGAGAUUCGGAAUGUUGUGACGGUGCCAACAGGGUUCCAUCUUUAUUCUGAUGAGCCGUCGUGGAGGACUGAUAUGGAGGCGGUGGAGGUGAUAUUUAAUGAGGAAGCGCCGGCGUGGAGGGUGGAUGAUGAUGCGUCAGAGGUGAGGCCGGAGUUGAGAGAUGAGGAGUUGCAGUUUAAUGUUCCGGAGUCGGGGGUCGGAGGGACUAUGUGGAUGAAAAACACUGCCCGUUUUCCGUUAAAUACUACCUUCAGCAUCGUGCAGUGCCGCCUCCGCGUGACCGCCCCCGCCCCCGCUGGGGACACCCGCGUCACGUUGUUCGGCGGUGCGACGCUGCGCUUCUCGGAGGAUAGAAACCCAACAUGGAUGAUGGAGCACUAUGACGGUAUGUACACCCUGAUCGCAGAGAGCAGGGCGUUCCACCCCAACUCAGUUACGGUGAAUGGGUAUGUUGUUGUUACGCUGGUCGGGUCGGAGAAUGAGAUUUCGUGCUGGGAGGAUGGGAUGUGGGUGUUUUCGUGGAAGGGGAGGACGAGGGGUUUACAGGCAGAGUUUGGUGUGGGGUGGUUGGCGGCCGGAAGGGAGUCGGUAGUGGGGAUAAGUCACUUUAGGGGACUGGUUGAGGGUGGGGUGGUGUAA